CCUCUCCGUAGGAAGGAACUCCCAGUACAGACUGGAUCCUCCUAAUCCCGUGUCCUCUUCCUGACAAUCCCCGUUCAUAUAAAGGAACCCGAACUCACUCCCUCCGCUCCCAAUUCAAGCACAUGUUCUACUCCACCUUCAUCUCACAAUAAAAACCAGCAGUCCAGCACGAGCACAUUAUCCACUUCCACUCCAGAACUCAAGCGCAGACGUACUCCAAUGAACCACUUCUUCUCUUCUUACUCCGAUCCCAGCUCCUGCAGCCUCGACUUUGCUGAAGCGUCGUCCUCCUCGUCGCCGCUGUCCGAUGGCAGGAGUGCUAUGGUGCCCGGGAACUUUUCUGAUGAGGAGGUGCUCCUGGCGUCGCACCAGCCGAAGAAGCGCGCCGGGCGGAAGAAGUUCCAGGAGACGCGCCACCCCGUGUACCGCGGGGUGCGGCGGCGAAGCUCGGGCAAGUGGGUCUGCGAGGUCCGCGAGCCCAACAAGAAGUCGAGGAUCUGGCUGGGCACCUUCCCCACCGCGGAGAUGGCUGCGAGGGCGCACGACGUGGCGGCGCUCGCGCUGAGGGGCCGGUCCGCCUGCCUCAACUUCGCGGACUCCGCGUGGCGGCUGCCCGCGCCGGCGUCGGCGGACGCAAAGGACAUACAGCAGGCGGCGGCCCAGGCUGCGGAGGCGUUCCGGCCGGCGGAGUCCGAGGCUGAGGACGUGAUGUCGGGGUACGAGAAGAAGUCGCCUUCGGAGGAGGGAAUGCUGUACGACGACGAGGACGUCUUCGGGAUGCCGGGGUUACUCACGAAUAUGGCGGAGGGGAUGCUCUUGCCUCCACCACAAUGCGGCGGAGAUGGGUACGGCGGAGAGGACGACGGGAAUCUGGAUGCAUACGUGUCGUUAUGGAACUAUUCCAUGUAGUCAUUUCUCAAUUUCAGUUGUACUUUUUGUGGUUAGGGACGACUGGGAUGCCGUACUAAAAUAUUUUUGAAUGGAGUGCGGAUGAAAGGCGAAAGCAGAAGGUAUUUUCGGAAGCCAAUCUUUUGGGGCGUGCCAUUAGAUAGAUGAUGGAGACUGCACGGCUCUUCUGAUGUUGGGCCUCCGGUAGAAGAAUAAAAGUAGGCCAUGUUCAUGUUCAUGGUAGCAUCGGCGUUGCAUAUAGUUUGAUAAAGAGACCGCCUGAGUCAUCAUGAUCUUCGAAUGUAAUCAAGUAUCAUGUAUAAUGUAUAAGGCAAAAUGUUGGCCCAUGUAAUUCUUAUGGGUUGUUUAGGUUUAAAUGCUUUUUGCUCUGGCCCAUUAAGAGGGUAAAUAGAACGACCCUAUUGUAAA